GGAAAGGGGUGGGAAACAACUGUUCCCUCCCCCCCCUUUGUCUUAUGUGUCUUGUGAGAUAAACUUUUCCAAAUUACCCUCCUCAUCCCCUUCUCCCCAUUUUCGAAUCAAGGAAAGCUCUCUCUCUCUCUCUCGGUCACAGAGCUCCUGCGGGUACCGGUUCCUCUCCCUCCACCUCACCGAGCACCACCCUUCAUCUCCGGCCGACGGAUCCAAGAAGCUUGUGGGUUUGCAAAACGGCUCUCCUUCCCUUCAUCUCCGGCCGAAGCUUGUGGGUUUCCCCCGACGCUUGCUGCGAGAUCGCUUUGUAGAUCUUGAACUCCGGUGGGUUUUCCCCGGCAUUGUGUGCAGUCAUGCACCCACUAGAGGUGGAUCGACCCGUUUCCUCUCCGAUUUCUUUCUCCCCUGCACUGGGUUCUUCUCCCUCCACCUCACCGAGCACCACCCUUCAUCUCCGGCCAACGAAUCCAAGAAACUUAUGGGUUUGCGAAACAGCUCUCCCUCCCUUCAUCUCCGACCGAAGCUUGUGGGUUUGCAAAAAGCUGGCUGCGAGAUCGCUUUGCGGAUCUUGAACUCCAGUGGGUUUCCCUCAGCGUUGUGUGCAGUCGUGCACCCACUAGAGGUGGAUCGACCCGUUUCCUCUCCGAUCUCUUUCUCCCAUGCAUUGGGUUUCUCUCCCUCCACCUCACCGAGCACCACUCUCCGGCUGACGGAUACAAGAAACUUGUGGGUUUGCGAAACGGCUCUCCCCCCCUUCAUCUCCGGCCGAAGCUUGUGCUUGUGAGUUUUCCAUGAGCUUGCUUGGUGGAUCUGAAUCCUGGUGAGUUUUCCGUGACCUUGCUUGUUGCAGUGCACCCACUUGACGUGGAUCUUGCCUAUUGCGACUCCGCUUUCGUGCCGGUAGUGCAGAUCUCGGUGCUCACAUCGCGGCAUUCCAUUCAAUCUGCCAUUUUGGGUUCCUCUUCAUCAGAGAACCCUGCUUUUUGCUAUUAUUUUGGAUUCUGGAUAUCCUUGAUUGCAAUAGUUCGUUAUUUUUACGACGACGAGACUAGGCAAUGGGCGUCGUCCGACAGUACAUGAAUUUGCCGCUGAUUACGUGCACAAUAUAUUUUCGUCUUGGUUCUUGUUUUUGUCUUCUUUGCAGUGAAUAAGUAGUGGCCAAAUAAGUUGUGCGCGGCCUCGCCCGACGCUUUCUAUUGCCAACAUUAGCAUCCCCUGCUCCUGAUCCCCCACUGGUUCUGGAAGUUGAAAUGGGUGAAUUAUUGAAUCGUUAUGUAUUCUCGUCGCCAACAUUAGCAAAUAUUAUGACAUUGCUUGAUGAAGAAGAUGAUUACUGGGACCAAGUAUUCGUGAUACUUUAUCAGCAGGACUAUCUUACAUUUGCUGCUAACACGUUGCACAGACGGCCUUGUAGAACUCGUCCUUUUUCAGGACAAGAAUUAGUUACUGAUCUUCUCAAUGGUCAUCUAGAUAGAGGAUACCAGCAUUUUCGCAUGUCAACAACAAAUUUUAUGGCACUUCGCGAUGUGCUGCUUGUUCAAGGUUUGAUACGAGCAAAACGACGUAUGACAGCCGAUGAGCAGUUAGCAAUAUUUUUAUUUUGUAUCGGUCAUGGCGUGGAAAAUAGAGUGUUGGCAGAAACAUUUCAGCAUUCGGGAGAGACAAUUAGUCGACACUUCAACAAUGUGCUACGUGCGCUUGUAACGCUGAAGGACGAAUACAUGAAUUUGUCGCCAAGUAAUGUGGCGACGCAUCCAAGAAUUCCGGACAAUAUAAAUUUUCAUCCAUUUAAUAAUGCAAUUGGAGCGAUAGACGGAACACACAUUCCUGUGUGUGUCGAAAAGAGUGAGAAACCGCGUUUUCGCUGCCGCAAGGGAUUUACGUCACAAAAUAUGAUGGCUGUCGUAUCAUUCGACCAUAUUUUCUUCUUUAUUUACACUGGUUGGGAAGGAUCGGCUGCAGAUAUGCGUGUUCUUCGAUGGGCGUGCGAUUCGGGGGGUUUAACCGUUCCCGAAGGUAAAUAUUAUUUGGUGGAUUCGGGGUACGCGAACACUAACCGAUUUCUAGCAUCUUACCGGGGUGAGCGGUAUCAUCUCAGCCAAUUUGACACUUCUACGCAGGCUCGCACGCAUCAGAAUCCUCGGGAUUUAUAUAAUCAUCGGCAUACGCAAUUGAGAAAUGUGAUAGAGAAGAGUUUUGGUAUUUUAAAGAAGCGGUUUAAGAUUUUAACUCAAGCAACUCCAUUUCCUAUCAAAGUUCAAUGCUUGAUACCUAUGGCAUGUUGUGUCCUGUAUAAUUUUAUUCGUCAACAACAAGGAAAUGAUAGAUAUUUUGUAGAACAAUUAGAGCAAGAAGCCCCUAAGAGCGAUGUUGGCGAUCCAGAGCCUAUUCCAAGUGGAGGUGAUGGUACAACACGAGGGAAGUCCUUGCGGCGCUCUAUUAAUACCAUGUGUAAUAAUUUUAUGUAAUGUGUUUCAAUAUUAUCAUGUUAAUUUCGAAUAUUUAUUAUGUGCUAUGUUACAAUUUAAAAUU